AUGAAUAAUCAAGACUUUGACAGAUUUUAUAGUACAGCAAUAAAGAAAUAUAAUGAUGAAGCUUUGGUACAGCUCUUGGCCAAAUAUGACCCACUUUUAGCUUCUCAUCUCUCCAUGUGUCAAGAGAAAUCAACCAAAAGAAUAGAAAAACUGAAGCGUCAAGGUAAAGCCGGCAGUAAAGGUUGUGGUGCUCUGGUUACGUUUUUAAGUAAGACUACUAUAUUAAAGCUUCUCAAUAUUAUGAAAAAUAUGAUGCAGGAACAGAUUCCAAUGGAAGUAUCCAAAGCAAAAGUAUACUCCGUACAAGUUGAUUCUACACAAGAUAUGUCUGCAAUUGACCAACUCAGCAUUGUGGUUCGCUAUGUUUUAAAUGCUAAUGUGCAUGAACGGCUGCUUUCUAUUGUACCAAGCAAUGACGGUACUGGCCAAGGCUUCCCUGAUGGUUCUUCAAGUUAUCAUGGCCAGUACAAUGGACUGCAACAAAAGAUUACAGAAGCUGCAGACCACCAUGUACAUAUUUGGUGUUAUGCUCAUGUUCUCAACUUAGUUGUGAAGGAGGCAACCAGUUGCUGCAUUCAGGCAGUUUCAUUUUUUACCCUUUUGCAAAAUGUUUCAACAUUCAUAAAAGUGUUAUAUAAGCGAAUGGCAACAUGGAUUAAACUUGUUGAAACACAAAUUGGAAUGGAUAAGAUGAAAAGAUUGAAAUUGAUUGGUGAAACAAGGUGGUCGGGUAAAUCAAAUGCUGCAACAGCGAUAUUUGGAACAUUUGCUGAGCCAUCUUCAACAGUGUUUGUCAAUUUAAUUUUUUGUCUGUCAUGUAUAAGCGAAUCAGAAAAUUUUGAUACAAAGACACGUCAUGAAGCUAAGACAUUGCUCAUGCCAUUCCUGAAAUUUGACACCAUUUUGACUGCCUUUACCUACCUGCGAGUUUUUGAAAAAUUGGGACCAUAUUCGAUAUACCUGCAUACUCGUGGAUUAAAUGUGUUGGUUGCAUUCAAGAUGGUGAAGAAGGCCGUAAUUGAAUUGAAAAGUCAAUCAAGACUUUUUGAUGAUGUUCAUAAUAACGCUCUUCAAUUUGUACGGAUGGCAAAUGCAAGCAUCAUUCAGAGAACUGAAACCAUAUUAGAGGUAAAGAUAGAACUACCAGCUAAACGGAAGCGGAAAACACCAACGAUGAUGAACAUACAGUAG